AUGGGUGAACCAGUUUCAGUUUCAGUUUCAUCCACUGCCAAAACUAAUAAGCCUCUUCAUGUUGUGAUGUUCCCAUGGCUAGCCAUGGGUCACGUAUACCCCUGCUUCGAGGUUUCCAAGAUCCUUGCACAAAAGGGUCACUAUGCCACCCUCGUAUCCACCCCUAAGAUAAUAGAUCGCUUGCCAAAACUCCCUCAAACCUUAUCACCGUUUGUUAAACUCACCAAAUUGCCCUUAUCUCCCCACAUCGACCAAAACCAUCUUCCGCAAGAUGCUGACUCCACAAUGGACAUUCCCUCCAACAAACUGUAUUACCUCAAAUCAGCCUAUGAUGCUCUUCAACAACCUAUGGCUCAAGUACUCAAAACUUCAAAUCCUGAUUGGGUUUUCUAUGAUUUUGCAGCCAGCUGGAUACCACAACUAGCCAAAACCCUCCACAUUCACUGUGCCUAUUUCAGUCCCUGCCCUGCGUGGAGCAUAUGCUUCUUUGACACACCAAAACAACAAAUUGGUGAUGCUGCUGCCAACAGAACCAACUCUGAAGACUACUAUGGCCCUCCCAAGUGGGUUCCGUUCCCUACAAAUAUUGGCCUACGACCCUAUGAGGUGAGGAAGCUGUUAGAAGAUGUCAAAGUUAAUGAGACUGGUGCCUCACCUGUUUUUAAUCUGAAUGAAGCAAAUUCUGGUUGUGACAUGUUUGUCAUCAGAAGCUCCAGAGAUCUUGAGCAAGAGUGGUUGGAUUAUCUUGCUGAGUUUUACCACAAGCCUGUGGUUCCUGUAGGAUUGCUUCCACCAAUGCAAGUAAUAGAUUCUGAAGAGGAAGACAAUAACCCUGAUUGGCUUCAAAUCAAGGCGUGGUUAGAGACACAGAAAGGGUCAUCAGUGGUGUACGUUGCAUUUGGGAGUGAGGUGAAACUGAGCCAAGAAAACCUCAAUGAAUUGGCUCUUGGCAUUGAACUUUCUGGUUUGCCUUUCUUCUGGGUUCUCAGGAAGGGGUCAGUUGAGUUGUUGCCAGAUGGGUUUGAGGAUCGGACCAAAGAUAGUGGGGUUGUGUGGAAAACAUGGGCACCCCAGCCCAAGAUCUUGGCUCAUGCCUCGGUUGGAGGUUGCUUGACUCACUGUGGUUCUGGUUCAAUGAUAGAAAAUCUCUACUUCGGGCACGUUCUUGUGAUGUUGCCCUUCUUACUAGACCAAGCAUUAUAUUCAAGAGUGAUGGAAGAGAAGAAAGUGGGAAUUGAGAUUCCGAGGAACCAGCAAGAUGGAUCGUUCACAAGGAGCUCCGUGGCGAAAGCAUUGAGAUUGGCAAUGGUGGACGAGGAGGGAAGUGCUUAUAGAAACAAUGCUAAAGAGAUGGGGAAGAGAUUUAGCAACAAAGAUCUCCACAAGCAAUACAUUGAAGAUUUCAUUGUUUCCCUUCACAAACACAAGUCUACAUAA